AGAACAUGCAGCUGAGCAUCACAGAGAAGAUUCUAGGAUUUAAGCACUCCAAAAAGAUGGAGUUGGUUGAAAGCACUCUAAACAACCUCGUGAGAAAACAACAAAAUUCUAAAGAAGACUCCCAACUCACAGAUGGCCUGAAUAACAUUUUAAAACAAAUUACUGAAAUCAGAGAAGCAAAUCAGAAAGCUGACCAUGACCCAACUAUUGAAGAGAAAGCUGGCCAAAGAACAAGGGCUGAGAAAGGAAAAGCCUCGACAUAUUGCGGAAAGAAAAGAAAGAGUGAAGGCUGUAAAAUAUAUACCCCAAUAGAUCCUAAUUCUCUCACUCUUACACAGAGAGCUUACUAUUUGGGCCAUGAAUUAUCUGCUGCAAAUAAAGAAAGAGACCUUGAGCAAGCAGAUGCCUCAUCUGAAAAUCUUGGACCUGACUCAAAGGGACAGAAGAGAUACUGAGUGUGUGAAAAAUUCUGGGACGGCAGUGAAAUGAUCGAAUGAGACAAAUGUAAGAAAUGGUAUCACCCACCAUGUCUUGGAAUCACGGCUGAAGAAAGAGAGACUAUCAUCAUCACCAAAGAAUGGAUUUGUAAAUUCUGCAAGGUGGAAUAAACUCCUUAUUAUACCAAAGAGCCGAUUCAGUUAAUACAAUAAUUUGUUCAUAUGCAAUUAUAUCAUUUCCAAAAAUCUUCUGUUUCUGGCCAAUUUUCGGGUUUAAUUUUGAAAUUACUCUGAAGAGGAUUUCCCAACUCUCAGUUAAUAUACAACCAAUGGGCACUAUUUAGUAAGGACAUUAAUGGGUCUGGUAGCUUAUUUGGGUGAAUAACACCUCCAUUUUGAUA